GUGCCCUAAUAGUGCGAAUCGAAAUCGGAAAUUUCGUUGAAAACUGCAAUCAAAAUCGACCUGAAGCCAAUAUCCCGCGAUGGGCAAUGCUGGCUACACUUGCAUACGCCGCACAUUCUGCUGGCUCAACAUCAUUCUAUGGCUGUGUAGCUGCGCUUUCUUGGGAGCCGGACUCUGGUUGCGACUGAGCUACGCGGGAUACGCUACCUUGCUGCCCCAGCACGCCGGCCUGAGUGCGGACACCAUCUUCAUGGGCAUCGGCGGCACCGGGUUUGUGGUCAGCUUCUUUGGCUGCUGCGGAGCCUGGGUGCAGUCCCGCUGUCUCUUGGUCUUGUACUUCAUGCUGAUUGUGAUGCUGUUCAUGAGCGAGUUCCUGGUGGGCUCCAUUGCCUUUCUCUUCCGCGGCGGACUGGGACGGACAUUGGCCAACGAGUUGCGCUUCGGCAUCGAGCGGCACUACAACAGCAGCGAUCGGGGAUCUCUGGUGGCGCCAUCGGUGGCCUCAAUUUGGGACAGCGUGCAGCAGUCGUUCGAGUGCUGUGGCGUCUCCUCCUACGAGGAUUGGUAUGACAUCCAGUCGUGGCCGGGCAGGCGCUGGGUGCCCGAAUCCUGCUGCAGGACCCUUUACGAUCAGCGCCAGGUGCUCACCGAAGGAUCCGGCGACGGAAUGAUGCGUCCCGACUGCGGCAGGUCGGAGAACCCGUCGCUGUGGUGGGACAAGGGCUGUGCCCACUCGCUGCAGAGCUGGUUUACCGGCCAGCUGAACGUGGUGGGCGCCGUGGGACUGGGCAUCGCCUUUGUCCAGCUGUUCGGGCUGAUCACCUCGAUGCUGCUGUUCUGCACGGUGAAGCAUAAGCGCUCCUCGGACACCUACAAGUCCUACUCGCCGUCAAUCGAUCCCCAGACCCGCACCAGCAGUUGGGAGGACUGAACGCGAUUGUGAGCGUUGGUGGUGGGCGGACUUCUAAAUUGGCGGGUUGGAUGCGGAUGCGGAUGCAGAUGCAGAUGUCGCUAUCUCUAUUCCUUUUGUUAACUCUCUCUCUCUCUCUCUUUCUCUCUUAGUUUCUAAUUUAUUCUGCGAAAUGUGCCAAAAAUUAAUUUAAUUUUUUUUUGUUUGUUUUUGUUUUGUAAUCUGUAGGCGAAGACAUAUCGAACAAAAUUGAACUGGCAGCAAGUUGCUACCGGUGUUAAACAAUCACAUAUAUGUAGUUAGCGGUGUAUCCAUAUUGUGAUGUGCUCUCUAGUAGUAGUAGUUUAAGGUCCAAGUACCGAAACGCACAUAGAACAGGGUAUAUUGUGUUCCAUCACCAAUCAUGGCUGGUUAGAGUGCCAGAGGAGUACCUGAGAUACAGCUGGUGUGUGGAGCGGGAUAUGCUCGUAAUCCUAAAUUCAACUAAAUCAAAAUAUCAACUAUAUAUUUAUACAUAUUUAUACAAUAUACUUAUGUUACUUUAUGGAACUUUGUAGUAGUCGAAAUAGCAGAAACCGCAACUGCCCGAAAAGCGUGAGAAAAAUGAAGCGAGAAGACGAAGUGAAGAGAAAGUGAAUGAAGUGGGAGCAAAUAUUACAUAGCUACUAUGGGUAUGAUUAUUUUAUUUAUACAUACAAAUAUUUAUAUCGAAAUGCAUUCCUACACAACAUGUUCGUGUUAAGUUACAAAUAAAUUAAAGUAUUUAUUUAAAUUACAA